AUGCCCAACCCGUCGCUUCAGGUGACGGCAGACCACCUAUUGAAACAAAUCGAAGCACCCGUACUGGCUCCCCAGAGAGGUGAGGUCCUGCUCCAGAUCAAAGCGACUGGGAUUUGUAGUUCCGAUGUGCACUUCUGGAAGUCCGGCCGCAUUGGCUCGCUUGUAUUCGAGGAUGAUUGCAUUCUGGGCCAUGAAGCGUCUGGUGUGGUACUGAAAGUUGGCGAGGGGGUGAAUGACUUGAAGACAGGUGAUCGUGUGGCUGUUGAGCCCGGCGUGCCGUGCGGCUUAUGCUUUAUGUGUGCUGACGGCCGGUACAAUCUGUGUGCCGAUGUCAAGUUUUCUGGAGUCUACCCUUACCACGGCACGAUGCAGCGAUACAAAACACACCCUGCUCACUGGGUGCAUCGCCUACCAGACAAUGUCAGCUACGCUGAAGGUGCAUUGCUGGAGCCACUAUCCGUGGUGAUGAAUGGCAUCAGAAGUGCCGGACUCAGCCUGGGCCGCGGUGUGGCUAUCUGUGGCGCCGGCCCAAUAGGCUUGAUCGCACUAGCAGCUGCCCGUGCCUCAGGUUCCCAUCCACUGGUAAUCACAGAUAUCGAGCCGCGCCGUCUGGCCUUCGCCAAAGAGUUUGUCCCCAGCUGCGUCACCUAUCAGGUCAAUACACAACUAGAUGCGGAAGGAAACGGGCGCGCGAUCCAGAAACUCUUUGGCUCUGACGAGUACUUUGCUCCAGAGACAGUUCUCGAGUGUACCGGUGUGGAGACGAGUGUUUGCACGGCUGCGUAUGCGGUGCGUCGUGGAGGCACGGUUAUGGCGAUUGGUGUUGGGAGGGCGAUUAUGAAUAACCUUCCGUUUAUGCAUAUUUCCCUCGCAGAGAUCAAACUCAAGUUCAUCAAUCGCUAUCGUGAUACUUGGCCAUCUUCCAUUGCGUGCUUGUCAGGAGGCAUUCUGGAUCUCAAAAGACUGGUUUCGCACACCUUUCCGCUAGAACAGGCAAAGGACGCUUUGGAACUCGUCUCUGACACUCGAAAUGGUAGUAUCAAGGUGUUGGUGGUGGAUGAAGUGGAGGCGACACUUUAG